UAAAAAUCGACUGCUGUUCGGACUGUUCACUUCUCACUUGUUGCGAAGGUUUUGUAGUGUGACAACUGCGGAAAAUGUUUUGAAAUGUGAUUUUAAAACGUAAAUCAGGUGGUUUUCAUGAAGAAAAAAGUGACUUUAGCUGUGCUGUGAGCGAUCGUGUGUUCAAAUUUGGCGGAGAAAUGAGUGCUUCACCACCAUUCCCUAAUUGAUUACGGGGAAUAGCCAUCGAAUUAUCAAAUUUUAUCUUGGGUGUGCUAUCAUUUUGUUGCAUGUUUUUAGAACGAACUGUACUCAUUAUUGUGCUGAUCUAAUAAAACAAGUGGUUCAUUUAGAGAUCCGGUCCAGAGACCACCGCCUCUUGACACGUAGAUGAAACAUGAGUGGCACAAACAAGAAAAUGGAUUUGAUGCGGACCAACAGUAUUUGUCCACCACCUGAAACUGUUCUUCUAGAAAGCGUCAAGAAGAACGAUUUAGAAACUAUCACAACCAUAAUAAAGGCAAACGCGACCCUUUUGCAUCACCAAUACCCUUACACGUCCAAAACCAUCCUACCAGUAGCUUGUUCAGAACCUGAUGUUGCUCCAAUCACCGUCGAAACUUUGAUUAAUCUAGGAGCAGACGUCCAGGGCACUGCAGAAUGGAAACCUCUACACUUAGCAGCCGAAAAUCCCAACAUCUCGAUAUUAGAAGUUAUCAUCAAAUACCUCAAACCUGGCCAAAUCAACGAAAAAUUGGAAGGAAACACCGCGUUGCAUACCCUGAUCAAAGGAGAAGAAAUUCAGGAAAACGAAGAAAAUUUUUGUCGACAUGUGGAGCUUCUUUUGCGAUCUGGAAUCGAUGUUAACCAAGGUGAUGGCAAGAAUUUAUCGGCUAUUUUUUGGGCUGCCAAACGUGGUUACAAAAAAAUCAUAAAAGUUAUUCUUGAAAAAAGUGUGCUUCAUGUGGAUUUGGACACUUGCAAUUUGCGUAAUAAAACUGCAAGGGAUUUAAUAAUCGAAAAAAACUUGUACGAAGGGCCUUUACCGGAACGUAUGUUGUAUCAAGUGCCGAAAGACAAAAUUUUCGGGUUAAUCAAACAAGGAAAAGAAGACGAAUUUAUUUCCUAUUUUGAUACACUAUCUUUGAAUAAUCCCUCUGAUUUUGUUAAUUUAGAUGACGGUGUGCUAACACUUCUGCAAUACAGUUGCGAAAAGGGGUUGACAAAAAUAGUCAAAUAUCUCUUAGACAGGGGGGCCAACAUCAAUCUAGUCACAAAAAAUCAAAAGAAACCUAUAGAUAGUGUUGCAGAGAACGGUUAUUACGAAAUUUUUCAGUUGUUAUUAGACCACCCUGAUGUGGAAUUAACCACACAAACCCUUUGUUUCCUAUUGAAACAUUCCGACUGUUCAAAAAUUGAUAAAAUCGAUUAUGAAAAAUGUUGCAAAAUGUUGUUAACUAAAAUGGAGUCGAAUAAAUCUCUCAUUGAUAUCAACGACGUAGAUGAGUUAAAAAACACUCCUCUUCAUUAUUCGCUCCGGUAUUGUGACACAACAACUACACAAAAAUUACUCCAACUUGGGGCUUCUCUCGCUUGUAAAAAUCAUUUCGGAAUAAUGCCAAUCGAAGACAUCAAACCGGAAUUACUCGAAAAUCACCUCGAUGACUGUGUCAAAUUCAAUCUCAAGAACAAAAAUGACGAGAAAUGCGAUUUUGAAGUCGUUUUUGACUACCACACACUCCUACCCCCGAGGAAACCCAAAAGGCCCAAAUUUGAAGAGUUUGAUCCUGAAUUUUUGUCCCAAAACAGUGUUGAACCUGAAACUGAAGUCAUUGCUUACAUGAGUAAAGCUCCAGAAUUUCGAGCUUUACUCAAACACCCUCUUGUUGUAAGUUUCUUGUUUAUGAAAUGGCACCAAAUCCGCUUAUUGUUUUACACAAAUCUGUUGUUUUAUAUUUUAUUUGUGUUGUCUCUAGUUGUUUACAUUUUUACGUAUUAUGCCAAUUUCGACACAUCGGAUUGUUGUUUAACCUUCGGUAAAAUCUCAUGGGUUACGCUAAAUUUAACAUUUUGGAUUUUGGUCUUGCGUGAGCUUUUCCAAGUCGCAGUAUCAUCAAGGAAUUAUUUUCUGAAUUUCGAAAAUUUGGUUGAAAUUAUUUUAAUUGUGAUAACUGGGAUGAUUUUAUACAUUGACUCACCUACUAGCGAUACGAGGAGACAGUUGGCAUCAGUGGCAAUAUUAUUAGCUGCGUUUGAGUUGGUUUUAAUGGUUGGCCAACAUCCCAAAUUGUCGACCAAUGUUGUAAUGUUGAAAACGGUUUCGGUUAAUUUUUUCAAAUUGCUUUUGUGGUAUUCUUUGUUAAUCAUAGCGUUUGCUUUGAGUUUUUACAUUUUAUUUUCGAGAACAGAAGUGUCCCAAAGUGGGAACGGGACUGAGACGGGGGAUGAAGAUGAUGUUUUCAAGGGGCCCGGAAAGUCUCUUUUUAAAACGAUUGUUAUGUUGACCGGGGAGUUCGAUGCCGGAUCGAUCAAUUUCCAUACUUAUCCGGUCACUAGUAAGAUCAUUUUUUCACUUUUUGUCUUUAUGAUUACUAUUAUUUUGCUCAAUCUGUUGAAUGGUUUAGCUGUUAGUGACACACAAACGAUUAAAAACGAUGCAGAGUUGGUGGGUCAUAUCUCAAGGGCUCAACACAUUUAUUACGUGGAAAGUAUGUUACUUGGAAAUAUUUUACCAACAUCUUUCAUUCAUGCUGUGCAAAGACUGUUCUGUUGCUUUCCUUGUGAUUCCAGUUCGACGUACACGUUUUUUAAGCCUUUAGCUCGAAAAGUUUGUCUUUUUACACAUAAUUGCCAGUUAACUGUUUUACCUAACAAUUACGGGAAAAUAUUUUGUGAAUUUAAUUCCUCUGCUAAACAACGACCAGAUUCAUUUGUAGCUUGCGCACGAAAUUGUUCUGACACUUAUCUGGAUAAGAACACUGUCAAGAGGAUUAAUGAUAUUGUUAAAGCACGAAGAGAACGUGAAGAAUUUCCCACAGUUAGCAGUGUAGAGAAAUUAUAUGAAGAGAUGGCGAGUAUAAAAAUAAAACUCGAUAAAAUUUUGGGAAGUCUUUCAACAUAUAAAAAUGAUUUUUAGUUUAGUUUUGUUAUAUUUUAUUAUUGUUGCCAUAUUUUAUACAGUAAGGUGGAGGAGCUUUAGAUGUGUCCUGGAUUUCGAUCCAUAUUUUCAGUAUUUUAUGUUUUAUUAAUUUUGUUCGUUCUGUAAUAUUGUAAACUUUAGUGUCCUUGUUUUAUAAUUACGUAUUAUGUAUUUUAAUGUGAAUUUUAUACAUAAAUAAAUUAAUAAAAAAUAAUAAUAAAG